UGUUGUAUAAGUCGCAAAGCGCACAAUUUGAACCGAUUCUUGGGGGCUGGGUGUGUUUGUCUUCUGGCCUGUAUUUGGCGGGAAGGGAAGGAUUAUACGGCCCGGUAAACUCCGGAGCCAUUCCGGUAAUGAGCCCACCGGCCACAUGGCGCAGGAGCAGCACCCGCAGUCCGGAACCCCGUGGAAAGAAACGCGGCUGGCUUUGAGACGGUUGGCCGAGUGCCUGAAGUGCUCUCUUUGCACUAACAUUCUGAAGAAACCUGUGAACCUAGGAAGUUGUGAACAUGUCUUCUGUCUAAGUUGUGUAGGCAACUGUAUUGGCACAGCUUGCCCAAUAUGUCAGGUGCCAACCAUGAAACAGGAUGUGAAAAUAAACAGGAAACUAGACAACAUCAUCAAACUCUAUAGCAAGCUGCAAACUCUGCAGGGCAAGGAUUUCUCAGAUCCUGAAGAUAACGUGUUUACUUUGGGACAGAAAGUUGAAGAAGCAGCAGCUAAAAAGAAACAAAUCAAAAUGAGUUUCAGUCCUCGCAGUAGGAGGAUGAAAUUCACCCUGAAGACAAGCCCAAAGAAAUCAGAGCUGCUGAAGAAAUCAGUCAAGGACAGCAGGUCUUGUAACUUAACCUCCAUCUAUGACUUUGUUUCUUCACCUCCUCAUGAGAAGCCUUUCAGAGAGGAAAAGACACCUGAGCAAGAAUAUAAGAAAGAACUAAGAAAAAAGACUUUAACAGACUUCAGCCAACAGGGGGACAUCUUCAGGGGCCAACAGGAAAACUCCAGUGAAACCUAUAAAGUAGGCCUAAGUGAAAGCAAAGAUCCAGUCCCCAGUUAUGGCUCAAAAAGUACCUCAGAACUGAGGCUGAAAAACAGGAAAGAGCUUGCAGAGAAUGCAGGUAAACUCUCAACAAGCAAUGGUAGACCUGCGAAACCUAAAGAGAAGAGUAACAAUUGCAAUUUUUCUCUUGUGCCUAACGUUGGGGGAGAUCUGACUUCUGAAGAGUGGUUUUCCUUGGCAAAAGAAACAACUCUGUUAAAGUGUGACAGGCAGUUUGCUGGCUCUCCCAUUUCUUUGCCUAAGUGUCACAAAACAAAAGAGGAGACUAUCCACCGGAAGUCACGAUUGCUGAAAAAGGCCUCAGAGCAGUUUUCCGAGAAUUCUGUGGCAGCCUUUCCCUUUAGGGAUUAUGCAGUUUCUUCCCCAUCUCUGCCAUCGCCUGGAAUCACAUCACCCCUAAGGAACCUGGAAGACUUUGCUUGGGCCAGUGACCCAGAACUUCCAAAAGUGUCCAGAAAUUGUGCUGAAAGGCAGGUUUUCCUCAAGAAAUUUCCCAAAAACUUAUCAACCAAGAGAAACCAUAAAGGGGAGUCUCUACUCCAUACUGCUUCUAUUGAGGGUAAUCUUUCUGCUGUUGAAUGCUUGUUGAAAAAAGGAGCUGAUCCCAACAUUAAAGACUAUGCUGGUUGGACACCACUGCAUGAAGCCUGUAAUCAUGGACAUAAGCAGAUAGUUGAAUUGCUGAUAAGACAUGGGGCACUGCUGAAUGUGACUGGGUAUCAGAAUGAUAUGCCACUUCACGAUGCUGCCAGGAAUGGACAUAUAGAAAUUGUGGAGCUGCUGCUUUUGCAUGGAGCUUCUCGAGAUGUGGUUAAUAUGUUUGGUCACAAACCUGUGGAUUAUGCUGAAACAGAAGAGAUGAAAUUGCUUCUCAUGCAACCAGGAAAGAAUGAUUCUUCUUCAAUUAUGCAAUAUGCAGAAUCCACAAACCUAAAUUACUGUAAAAAAGGGCCUGUUGUUCUCCUUGGGAGUGGUCUUGAUCCAGGUCAACAGCUGCUGUUAAGCAAAUUGGCCACAGUUUUGAAGGUUAGAGUAUGUACAGAAUUUAACAGUUCCGUGACACAUGUCGUUAUUCCUGCAUAUCCUGCGCGAACUACUAUGAAGUGCAUGCUGGCACUUUUAUCUGGAUGUUGGAUCUUGACAUUUAUGUGGGUAGAAGCCAGCUUGAAGAGUGGCACUUUUGAACAAGAAGAGAAAUAUGAAAUAGAUGGUGGUCCUCGACAAGGCCGCCUGAACACAGAACAGCUUUUGCCUAAACUUUUUGAUGGCUGCUACUUCUAUUUCCUGGGAAUAUUUAAAGAGCACAAGAAAGAUGACCUCAAAGAACUGGUGAAAUCUGGAGGGGGACAUAUUCUCCUAAGGAAGCCUAAAUCAGAUAAUGAUGUGACUCAGACAAUCAAUACAGUAGCCUAUCAUGCUGAGAUUACUUCUGACCAGAGUUUCUGUACACAAUAUAUAAUCUAUGACGCCUCUUCUAACUACAAACCACAAAAAGUUCAUCAAGGAAAGGUUUGGGAAGUGCCCUCCAGGUGGCUUAUUGACUGUGUGAUGUCAUUUCAACUGUUGCCUGUUAAAAAUGCUUUUCCUAGCAUUGUGAUAACAUAAAUGCUGAGAUUUAAAUUUUACUGAAAUUUUAUUAAAAGAUACUGAAAUUAUGUACUGAAACAAAUAGAUACACUUAGUUCUUGGGAGGAAGAUUGUAUACAAUUGAAUUAUUCCUCAAAUCUUAACAUGUAUAUUUUAAAUAAUAAUAAUAAUUGAAGAUUCAGAUUCCCAAAAUCUAUUGAUUGUUGAUAUUAGCGGAGUUCUCCUUUUUAUUUGUGUUCUGUAAACUAUAUUAUUAUUGGAUAUACUGAAAUUAUCAUUCUAUAUUGAGAUCUUACAAAAUCUCAGAAAGCUUGAUCAGUACCAUUCUGGUUACUGUGAUCUUAAUAUGAGCCUCAGCUCAUAUUAAUGAUUUUUUUCUCAUUUUCUACAUGGUGAAAUUAACAUUGUCACUGAAUUUGUUUAAAGAGAUUACUUAGAUGUAUAAUCAUGAAUUCUGUGCUUCUGUUGAAAGAUUCGUUCUUCUUUAAUGUUUUUGUAUCACAAAUAAAUCACAUUCUGAAACAU